ACCAUAUUUGUAGAGCAUGGUUUAAUUGCUCAUGCACCAUGAUGGCUAAGCCAAUAAAACUCUUGAAUUGCAUUAUACAAUGAUUCAGUUUCUAAUAAUACUCUUUAGAGCACAGAUGGUACAAAAAAGUGUCUGGAAAAAUUUAGUGAAUUUAUUAUGAAAGUACUAGACAGUACAAUCUCAACCCCAGUGAGUCAAGAAUUUAACUGAUAUCGAGAUCAUUCCUUCCUGGACUCUGAAAAGUAUUUCAAUCCAGCUUUGCAUGAGUGAAAACUGUACUAUUAUUAUUCCCAUUUUUUUCAAGUUGACCUGAAACUUUUAUAAUUUGUUAUGUAUUUUUGGCAAGUUCUGAAAACUGGAAUUGAAUGAAAUUCUGAACAGAAAUAAUUUGUAUCCAAUGUAAAGGAUUUGAAAUCCGGAACCUUAAAAUGCUUGAAAUCAGGAAUCCAUAGAGACAGAAUAUGGAAUCCAGCCAAUCCAGUUGUUGGAUUCUGGAAUCCAGUGCUGUGGAGUCCAGAAUCCAAGACUCUUGGAUUCCUUUACAUGGGGCAAUAUGUAGGUCACAUCAAGAUUUAGACAUCUUGUUACUGUAGGUAGAAAGAUGAACAAUAUUAAUGUCAUUUUGGUCUCUGGUUACAGAGACAAAAAAUUUCCUGAAAAAUGUAGACCUUUAAGAUGCUUCACUCACAUGCUUGAGCUCUUGUAAGAAUAACAGUGUUUAGGGAUAUAUAUAUCUACUACUUUCUAUGACAAUGCACUUGUCUUUUAUAUAUCAUUGUUUGUUAAGUGUGUUUAUCUGGCAGGACUUUUCAUGCAUUUGUUUGCGGUGGAGUGCAAGUGCUUUGCUGGUUCUGUGCACCGGUGAAUUUCUGGUUACAUUGCAGAAACUGAAGCACUUGGGUCACAAAGUGUAAAAAUUCCAUCUGUUAUGAAAACUAAUUAUUAUUAUUAUUGUACCACAUUCUUGCAAUUUCAUAAUAAACUAAAUUAGUAUAACACUAUCUAUGGAUACUACUGAAAUCUAUGUACAGCUGGCUGUUUAUAAUAAUACUACAUUAUUACGGGGUCUUGAAAAUUAUGAGUAGCCAGUAUCUACUCAAACGUGCCUUUGAUCAAAAUGCACUGUGCUGCAAAUCAAGACCUCUUUAGAAGACAGUGAAUCCUUUUAACUGCAUUUCAAAACAAGAACAGUGCUGAGGAAUUUACAGAAUAGUUUUGUAGAUUAAAAUGAAAAAUUGUGCAGUUCCAGAAAGUAUCCAUAUACUCUUCCAACAGAAGGGAUUGGAGUUUCCUGUGGUGGGAGGGGUCUGUAAGACCAAAAAAUUUAAAGAAAUGCAUGAAGCUUGAUUGGAAUUUCCAGAGGUGGGAGGGGGGGUGCUUAGCAAAAAUCUCUUCUGUGGCAUAGGACUGUAAGUAUACAUUCCCAUUAUGGGCAAAAUGUAUGGGGACUUUACUGUGUUUGACCUGAAUAAGGUAAAAAUGAAUUGAAAGAAGCUGGUGAUGGUAAAAGUAGCCCAUAGGACAAAUAACCUUCCCGUUCAAUUUCCUAUGUUUUCUUCCCUUUCAUUAUAUUCCCGACUCUCUCUUUCUGUUUGCCUCUGUACCCAAUCCCACUCGGCUGCGCGUAAAUGCCUGGGAGAUAUUGUGUCUGGUGCCCUUAACUCCAAGAAAAAAACAUCUCGAGAUGUUCGGAUUUGUUCAUGCUGUUUCUGCUGGAUUUUGUGCAGCUCUAGCGUCUACUUGCGCAAAAUUAGCCAUGUCUCCGGAUCUACAAAGGAAGAUUUGGUGCGACUUUUUACUUCAAGGUGUUUUUGGCGGCUCCACGCUUACGCCGCUUUGUCACACGAUUGUUAUUUUUGCAAGAAUGUCUUCCUUUCUUCUGGUAUUCUUUUUCAAUGCAUUGAUGUGGACAUUAUUUGUGAAGUCUCUGAGAGGAUCGUCGACUUCAGCUACAGCAACUGUGACAAAUACAGGCUCGAACUUCAUUUUCACUGCCCUGUUGAGUUGCUUGCUGUUUGGCGAGGCAUUGUCUGCGAGAUGGUGGUUAGGCACAUCUCUGAUUCUCACAGGAUUGGUUUUGAUUCAUUGUAACAGNCUACGCUUUUAG